AUGGCGUGCUUGCACGACCACAGUUGCGAUGAUAACGACUGUUCUUCUAACUGGUCUCUCUACCAGUAUAUCGACAUCACAAAGGUAUUUGCUUUAAACGAGGCGAAUCCGGGUAGUGUUAAGUCAGUUUUUAAAGCUUGGGAAGAUCGUCUGAAUACUUCUGGGGAACACUUGGUAAGCAAUGAGGGUGAUCCUGAGUUACUUGUAUUCAUUCCGUUUACUUCAGAUGUCAAGAUUAAGAGCAUAUCGAUAGUUGGCGGAUCUUUUGGAACAAGCCCUUCCAAGAUGCGUGUGUUUGUCAAUCGAGAGGGCAUUGAUUUUUCAGAUGCACAAAGCAUGCAAGCCAUUCAGGAAUGGGAUUUGGUUGAAAAUAUGCGAGGAGUAUUGGAAUACCAGACAAGAUAUUCUAAAUUUCAAAGCGUGGGAAAUAUUACGUUGCACUUUCCUGAGAGUUUUGGAGGUGACAUAACUGAAAUACACUACAUUGGCUUUAAAGGAGAAGCCACUCAGCUGAAAAGGACUGCUGUUGCCAAUAUUGUUUAUGAGAUUUUGCCGAAUCCUUCUGACCACAAGACACGUGCUGAAAGUGGAGGGGGUCUUUCACACAUAGAAUGA